AUGGCAAAGCAUAGAAGCAACCACGCUGAUUUUGAAGUUCCUGCCACUCUGUUGGUUUUGUUGGUGCUUUGUCAAUGUACUUUAGGGCUGACACAAGCUCAGGCCCUUCUCAAGUGGAAACAAAGUCUCUCUGACCAACCAAUUUUGGGUUCAUGGAUCACCAAUGUCACUGCAACAACUCAAAGUCCUUGUUCAUGGCCUGGUAUUACUUGUGAUUCCCAAGGCAGUGUCAUUGUAAUAAACUUAGCAUACAAAGGACUUGAAGGUACCCUUCAAAACUUGAACUUGUCUGCUUUCCCAAACCUCAUUCGUCUUGAUCUCAAAGUAAACAAACUCACUGGCACCAUACCACAAAAUAUUGGGGUGCUCUCAAAACUCAAAAUUCUUGACCUUUCCACCAAUUAUCUCGAUGGAACUUUACCUCUUUCUAUGGCCAAUUUGACUCAGCUUUAUGAGCUUGAUGUGUCAGGAAAUGAUAUAAAAGGGAUGUUAGAUCCUCGUUUCUUUCCUGAUGGAACUGAUCACCCCAAAACUGGGCUCAUUGCUAUAAGGAAUCUCUUGUUCCAGGAUACCUCUCUUGGUGGCACAAUUCCAAAUGAAAUAGGGAACCUAAAAUAUUUAACUGUGUUAGUUCUAGAUGGAAAUAACUUUCAUGGGUCUAUUCCUCCAUCUAUAUGCAACUGCACCCACUUAAGAGUUCUCAGCAUGCUUGAGAAUUAUCUCUCGGGCAAAGUUCCCCCAAGCAUUGGAAAACUGACCAAUCUAACUGAUCUUCGCUUUUAUUCCAACAAUUUGUAUGGUAAGCUGCCACAAGAAUUUGCAAAGCUUUCAUCUUUAACUCUGUUGCAUAUUUCUUGGAACAACUUCACUGGUGAAUUGCCACAACUGUGCACCAGUGGUAAGCUUGUAAAUUUCAGUGCAUCCUACAACAAUUUCACUGGCCCAAUUCCUGUAAGCCUUAGAAACUGUGCAUCUUUAUACAGGGUUAUACUCCAUAACAAUCAGCUAUCAGGUUAUGUGGAUCAGGAAUUUGGGGUGUAUCCCAACCUCACCUACAUUGACAUCAGCCACAACAAGUUCCAAGGUAGGCUCUCUACAAAUUGGGGUGCAUGCAAAAACUUGCAAUCCCUCACAAUGGCUGGGAAUGAAAUAGGUGGCAAUAUUCCUGCUGAGAUUUUUCAACUGGAGCAGCUAGUUCGACUUGACCUAUCAUCCAACCAAUUAUCAGGAGAAAUUCCUUUGCAAGAAGGAAAAUAUCCUAUUUUCCUGUCUGAAUUAAAUUUGAGUAAUAACAAUCUCUCUGGUAUGAUACCACCAAUAAUUGGAAAACUCUCUAAUUUGCAGUUGUUGGACCUAUCUAAGAACAUACUUUGGGGACCACUUCCUCAUGAAACAGGUGAAUGCUCCAACUUGGUCAGCUUGAAUCUGAGCCAAAAUGUCUUGAAUGACUCAAUUCCCUACCAAAUAGGAAAUCUUGGAUCCUUACAAGAAUUUUUGGACUUGAGUUACAAUGCAUUUUCUGGAGAAAUUCCUGCUGAUCUUGGUAAGCUUAGAAGCUUGAUAAGCUUGAAUCUCUCUCACAACUACCUCUCAGGUUCUAUACCUUAUUCACUUGGCAACAUGUUGAGCUUGUCAUCCAUGGACCUCUCCUACAAUUAUUUGGGUGGCCGUGUUCCUGAUGGUGGCAUAUUCAACUCUUCUCAUUUGCCAGAUGUAAGCAACAACAGAGAUUUAUGUGGGAAUAUUCAAGGUUUGCCAGCUUGCAAGGUCUCACUCACUGAAACUGAUGGUGGAGGUAACACUAACAAGGUUGUGAUAAUCAUUUCUUUGGGGGGUGCCCUUUUUCCUUCAUUGGUAAUUGUUGGGGUUUUAUUCUUUAUCCAUAAGAGGAACUCAGUUGUUCCAACCCAAGAAGACUUGGCAGCCAAGAAAGGAAAUCCAUUUUCAGUUUGGUACUUUGAUGGGAAAGUUGUGUAUGAAGAGAUAAUCGAAGCUACUAACAACUUUGACGACCAAUACUGCAUUGGAGAGGGGGCACAAGGAAAGGUUUUUAAAGCAGUGAUACAAGGUCAAGUAUUUGCCAUAAAGAAGUUGAAAUGUGAUGCAGAAAGCAUAGAUAUUGAGAGUAUAAAAAUCUUCAACAGGGAGGUAGAAGCCUUGACUGAAAUACGCCACCGUAACAUUGUCAAGCUUUAUGGAUUUUGCUUUAAAGGGUUGCACUUAUUUUUGGUUAAUGAGCAUAUGGAUAGGGGGAAUCUACAUGAUAUGCUGAGAAAUGACAAUGAAGCAUUAGACCUCGAUUGGCCUAAGAGGGUUGAUAUUGUGAAAGGGGUAGCACAAGCUUUGUCCUAUAUGCAUCAUGAUUGUGUUCCACCUAUAAUUCACAGAGACAUAUCAAGCAAGAAUAUUCUAUUGUCCUCCAAUCUUGAAGCUCGUGUCGCAGAUUUUGGCACUGCAAAGUUGCUAAAUCCUGAUGAUUCGUCUAUGUGGACAAAUUUUGCUGGCACAUAUGGCUAUGCUGCUCCAGAGCUUGCUUACUCAAUGGCAGUGAGUGAGAAAUGUGAUGUGUUCAGCUUUGGUGUAUUGGCUUUAGAGGUUCUGAAGGGAAAGCACCCUGGUGAUCUUGUUUCCUUGAUACAAUCAAAUACUGGUGAUCAAAUGAUAAACUUGCCAGAGAUUUUAGACCCACGCCUCUCACCUCCUGCUCCUACAAAUAUACAGAUUUUGAAUGAAUUGGCAUUGAUUGCAAAUUUAGCUCUAUCAUGUUUACAAACCAACCCUCAGUCUCGACCAACCAUGCAAAGCAUAGCUCAGCAACUUGAUAAGAGACUCCCAACUACUUUGGUGGUUUUACUUGCUCUAUGUCAACGCACUUCAGGCCUAACACAAGCUGAGGCCCUUUUCAGGUGGAAACAAAGUCUUCCUAAACAACCCAUUUUGGAGUCAUGGGUGAUCAGCUCCUCCAAUGUAACAACUCAAAGCCCAUGUUCAUGGCGAGGUAUCACUUGUGAUUCCCAAGGCAGUGUCACUAUAAUAAACUUGGCUUACACCGGACUUGCAGGUACCCUUCAAAACUUGAACUUGUCUGUUUUCCCAAACCUUCUUCGUCUUGAUCUCAAAGUAAACAAUCUCACUGGCCUCAUACCACAAAACAUUGGCAUCCUCUCAAAGCUUCAAUUCCUUGAUCUUUCUACUAACUAUCUAAAUGGCACCCUCCCUCUUUCUAUUGCCAAUUUGACUCAAGUUUAUGAGCUUGAUAUUUCAAGAAAUGAUAUAACUGGGAUAUUGGACCCUCGCUUAUUUCCUGAUGGAUCUGAUCAGCCCAAAAGUGGCCUCAUUGGUAUCAGGAAUCUCCUCUUCCAAGACACCCUUUUAGGUGGUAGAAUUCCAAAUGAAAUAGGGAACAUAAGAAACUUGACUCUACUUGCUCUUGAUGGAAACAGCUUCUAUGGUCCUAUUCCUCCAUCUCUUGGUAAUUGCACACAUUUAAGCAUUCUUAGAAUGCCUCAAAAUCAGCUCUCAGGCCCAAUUCCCCCUAGUAUUGGUAAAUUAACCAAUCUAACCGAUGUGCGCUUUUUCACUAACAACUUAAAUGGCACUGUGCCACAAGAGUUUGGAAACUUGUCUUCCUUAACUGUGUUGCAUCUUGCUGAAAACAACUUUAUUGGUGAAUUACCACCACAAGUGUGCAAAAGUGGCACUCUUGUGAAUUUCAGUGCAGCCUACAAUAGUUUCACUGGCCCAAUUCCAAAAAGCCUUAAAAACUGCCCAGCCUUGUAUAGAGUUAGACUUGAAUACAACCAGCUGACAGGUUAUGCAGAUGAGGAUUUUGGAGUGUAUCCUAAUCUCACUUACAUGGACUUCAGCUAUAACAGGGUGCAAGGUGAGUUCUCUGCAAAUUGGGGUUCCUGUAAAAACAUGCAAUUACUUAGAAUGGCAGGGAAUGCUGUGAGUGGCAGCAUUCCAAGUGAGAUUUUUCAGUUGAACCAACUACAAGAGCUUGAUCUAUCGUCUAAUCAAAUAUCAGGAGAGCUUCCACCACAGAUAGGAAAUUCCUCCAACUUGUAUGAAUUAAAUUUGAGUGAUAACAAACUCACAGGUAUGAUACCGGCAGAAAUUGGAAAGAUUUCCAAUUUGAGGUCUUUGGACCUGUCUAUGAACUUGCUGUUGGGACCAAUCCCAAGUCAGAUAGGGGACAUCUCCAACUUGCAGAAUUUAAAUUUGAGCAACAAUCACUUGAAUGGCACAAUCCCUUAUCAAAUUGGAAACCUUGCAGCUUUACAAGACUUCUUGGACUUGAGUUACAAUUCACUUUCGGGAGAAAUUCCUGAUCUUGGGAAGCUUUCAAAUCUGAUAAGCUUGAAUAUCUCUCACAACAAUCUGUCAGGUCCAAUUCCUGACUCACUUAGUGAAAUGUUGAGCUUGUCAGCCGUAAACCUCUCCUAUAAUAAUUUGGAGGGUCCUGUUCCUACAGGCGGCAUAUUCAACUCUUCUCAUCAUCCACUGGAUUUGAGCAACAACAAAGAUUUGUGUGGGAAUAUUAGAGGUUUGAGACCCUGUAAUGUCUCUCUCACUCAACCAAAUGGUGGAUCAAGUCACAACAACAAGGUUGUGAUCCCUAUUGUUGCUUCUUUGGGAGGCGCUCUUGUUCUCUCAUUGGUUAUAGUUGGUAUUUUUUUCUUUUGCUGUAAGAGAAAGUCAAGAGCUCCAAGGCAAAAAACCUCCUUCAACAGACCAAAUCCAUUUUCAAUUUGGUACUUUAAUGGUAAAGUUGUGUAUGCAGACAUCAUUGAAGCUACUAAGAACUUUGACAACGAGUAUUGCAUUGGUGAAGGAGCACUGGGAAAAGUUUAUAAAGCGGAGAUGAAAGGAGGUCAAGUAUUUGCUGUAAAAAAGUUGAAAUGUGAUGCAGACAACUUAGAUUUUGAGAGUAUAAAAACCUUUGAGAGUGAGGUAGAAGCCAUGACAGAAACACGGCACAGAAACAUUGUGAAGCUUUAUGGAUUUUGCUCUGAAGGGGUGCACACGUUUUUGAUUUAUGAGUACAUGGAUAGGGGGAACUUAUCUGACACGCUGAGAGAUGACAAGGAAGCAUUAGAAUUAGAUUGGCAUAAAAGGUUUGACAUCAUCAAAGGUGUAGCAAGCGCUUUGUCCUACAUGCAUCAUGAUUGUGCUCCACCUUUAAUUCAUAGAGACAUAUCAAGCAAGAACAUUUUAUUGUCCACCAAUCUUAAAGCUCAUGUCUCAGAUUUUGGCACUGCCAGGUUUCUGAAGCCUGAUUCGCCUAUUUGGACAUCAUUUGCCGGCACAUAUGGCUAUGCUGCUCCAGAGCUUGCUUACACAAUGGCAGUGACAGAGAAAUGUGAUGUGUUCAGCUUUGGUGUUUUGGCAUUUGAGAUUCUUACAGGAAGGCACCCUGGUGAUAUUGUUUCCUACAUACAAACUUCAAGUGAACAAAAAAUAAACUUAAAAGAGAUUUUAGAUACUCGUCUACCACCUCCUGCGAAGAGCCAUGUUUUGAAGGAAUUGCAAUUAAUUGCAAACCUUGCUCUCUCUUGUUUGCAAACAAACCCUCUAUCUCGACCAACUAUGAGAAGCAUAGCUCAGCUUCUUGAAAUGGAGACUUCAGAUAUGAGAUAA